AUGAAGCCUAUGAUGCCCUACGACAUGGGCCGGUUUGACUGCCCAAACAUGGUACCUCCUCCCAUGUUCCACUUUCAGCUUCCUCAUAUGGGAAUGCCGGGGAUUCCUAUUCCACCACCUCCUGCGCCACCGCACAUGAUGCAGGAGGCAGACGAAUAUCAAAUUGAGAUGGCGGCUAUGGCGAACGAGAUGAUGCAGCAAGGCAUGUUUGUACAGCCUCCAGUUGUUGCGCCGUACGCACCACCAAAUCCACCACUGCCUCCUCCACUUCCAUCACCUAACUUAGAAGAGGUCGAUGACGUGGAACCUCCAGAGAUCUGCGACUCUUAUUUGGCAGCUGAGAUUGCAUCUGUUGUGCAUACGCUGACGUCAUCUCAGCUAACGUAUGCACUUUCAGCUUUCAAGAUUUUUUUGGAUAAGUCGCCAGUUAACGCCAAAAGGUUGUUAGUUAACAAUCCUCAGAUGGUAUAUGCGCUUAUACAUGCGCAAUAUGUGCUAGGGAACACAGAAGAGUCACUGCUGCCGCUCACUGCUUCAGAUAAACACCUGGCUCGUCUGAAUCGCAGGGAUCGUAAGUCGAUGUUCAAUACGGCUAAGGACACAGCUGAGUUCGCAUCGGACUCGGAUAGUCGCGCACAAAGUGCUAGAGGUCGGCGUGGCAUUGGGAUGGAGGCCACAGAUGAUUCAAUGAAUGUUCACCGUAUUGAACACGCUAGACCGGAACCUCCUCGUGUUGACUCUGGCAAAAGUAGUGUGUCCAGCCGUCGCCGUGACACAAAAGUGAAGGAUGUAAGUGUAUCAUCGUCGCGAAAAGGGGGAAGGGGCUUCAAGGAUGGCGACAUGAGGGGCACGAUGCACGGAGAGUCUCGUGUACCGGCAAGUGACGGUAUGCUCCAGACUCAUUCUCCACACAUUAAAGGAUCUGUGCAAUCUGUGCCCCAUGGUGAUCCAUACAAAAACUAUAUUGUACCACCACCCUAUCAGCCGCCUCCGCAGCCACCGCAACCACCAUUGCCUGCAGUUCCAAUGCCGCCUGUACCUUCACCGCCAAUGCAUACAUCUCCAGCUCAGCCGGUUCCUGCGCCUCCAGCGCCGGGAUACACUACCCAGUUGCAAUCAACUGACGUAGCACAAGACCCUUCAAAUGCCGCAAGGGUCGAGAAGGCCAUUGAGGAGAUGCUGAAAGAGGUACAGCCUGCACCGCAGGCGUUAGUGGACGAGGUGCUCAAGCACACCGAAAUAUUGACAAACAUACAACGCGCUUCUUUGUUCGAGAUGCAGUCUUGGCCGCCUGAGCAGCGUCUCCAGUCAAACUACAACGCUGCUACGAUGGAGAAAAUAGAUGUAUUUCCAACAACAGAUUCUCCAGCAGUUGCUGUGGAGCUUUCUGUCUCAGAAACGGCUGAUGCUCCUAGCGCGGUAUCGAUCAAAGGUCUUGAGGGUCCCGUGGAGGUCUUCCAUUUCGCCUUUGCAGCUAAUACAGCUCCAAAAAGCAAAUCAUCUGGUUUCGACGCUGCUAAAUUCGAGCAAUUUCCUUCCAAAUUCGUAACUAGCGAUAGCGGCGUAUUGGCAGUGACAGGUUUUUCGGAGUUUUCAGGUAAUCUCGGUGAUGUGGUUGAGUACUUUGCAACUUUGGAAGACGGUUGUCUCCUAGCGGAGGCAGUCGUUGGCUGCGGCAAACGCUGCGACUUUCAGACAUCCGAUGCAUACACCCUUUCGAAGACACUAGCUAAGACGGCAUCUCAUCACAAUUGCAAGAGCGUAGUAUUUUCUGUGGGCGACCUUGAUGCUGGUUUCGUUGAGUUGUUGGUCAUCGGUUUUUUGAACUACAUCACUUUGGACCGUCGUUUCAAAAAGGACAGCGAAACUGACUACAAGCUUACCGCCGUCCAAGUGAUAUCUACUUCGAUUUCCGAUGCCGCUGCAUUCUCUGAACGUUGUAAAACGUUUGCAAUAGCCAUGCACACCACUCGUGAGCUGGUUACUGCACCUGCCAACUAUGCGAACACAGUGUCAGUUGCAAACUACAUAAGCAAGAAAUUCGGUGCUUUGAACCUGGAUGUGAAGAUGUUGUCCGAAUCUGACUGCCGUGCGAUGGGAAUGGGUUCUUACUGUGCCGUUGCUCAAGGUAGCCAAUACCCUCCGAUCUUUUUGCAUGCUACCUACCGCGGCGAAGGCCCUGUAAAAGCCAAGGUAGCGCUUGUAGGCAAGGGUAUCAUGUUUGACUCUGGCGGUUUGAACAUCAAGAGUGCUUCUAGUGAGAUUGAGCUGAUGAAGACUGACAUGGGUGGUAUGUCUGCCGUUUUUGGUGCUGCUGAAGCUAUCGCCGCUUUAAAGCCACGAGGUGUAGAGGUUCACUUCAUCAGUGCAACUUGCGAGAACAUGGCAGGUUCCAAGGCCUACAGGCCUGGCGAUGUUGUUACGGCGUCUAACGGGAAGACUAUCGAGGUGAUAAACACCGACGCUGAGGGUAGGCUUACCCUUGCUGAUGCUCUUGUGUACGCGGAGCGUUUGGGUGUAGACUACAUCGUGGACGUUGCUACCUUGACGGGUGCUUGCGUAAUUGCUUUGGGAUUCCAGUACGGUGGCUACUUUGCCAACGACGAGGGCUUCAACGCACGUUUCGUUAAGGCACUCCAACAUUCCGGUGAAUUAGCAUGGCGCUUGCCUUUGGCCAAGGAAUAUACUGAAGGUCUGAAGUCUAAGGUCGCCGAUUUAUCUAACUGCAAUUACACCUCAAAGGGUCAGACGGUCAUGGCAGCUUUGUUUUUGAAAGAGUUUGUGGAAUCGGCUAAAUGGAUCCAUUGGGACAUUGCUGGAACGGCUUUUGAGAAAGGAACGGGCCGGGGAACCGCUUACGGUGUGCGUACUAUGGUAAACUUGGUACUUGACUUGGCGGAGCAAUAA